AUGGAUAACGGAGAGAGUAGAGAUCAGCGAGGCGCCGCUGAAGGAGCAGCGGCCAUGGAGACAGAAACAGUGCGAAAUAAGCAGGGGAAGAAGACGGGUGGCAAAAGCAAACCGAGAAAGAAUCAGAAUGAGGAACAGAAAUCAAAGCCACCCAAACCUUCUGAUAUCGACGACAUGGCGGGAAAUGAAUUGGAAAAUAACGGAGGGAGAACACUGCCUUGGAAAGCUGGAACAAUGGAUAAAGGACCUCAGACAAAAACAGUGGAAAACCAGCAGGGGAAAAAGACAGGCAGCAAGAGAAACAUGAGACAGAAUCAGAAAGAGAAACGGAAAUCAAAGUCACCUCAAGUUCCUGAUAUCGACGAAAUGAUGGAAAAUGACAUUGAGAAUGAUGAAGGGAGAACACUGCCUUGGAAAGAAAGAUCUUUUUGUCACUUCACUUGGAAUCUGAAAGUUCCUGUUACUACCGAUUACCAGCGAAUUAUACGGAACAUAGAUCAUGAUUUAGAAGAGACACCAAACCUAUUAAGGAUAGAAGGCCUUUUGUUCAGAGCCUACCUAGAGGUAUGGGACAACGGAAAGCGUUGGGAUGUCCAUAAGGCGAGAGAAUUCCUCGACAAAGCCGACAAAUACAUAGAGAAAACGGAUGCUCAACUUCAAACCGGCUACAGAGUUGUAGCACUCCUGAAUCGCAUGUGGAUCGAAUACAAAUGCCAUAAUGCACAAAGGGUAGCUGAUCUGCUCAGUAAGCUGGAUAAGUUGAGGUUACGGCAUAAAGACCACUCUGUGAUCGGUGCAGUGCACGCCACAGCCUUGACACGUCUAGGACCCCGUGUUAUGGAAACUGCUUUGCAGCUGUUCGAAGUAGCGCUGCAGAGCUUCCCGGAAAAAGGGGACUUCAUCUACGGGGCUGGGCUGAUGUCUGGCAGAAUGGCACGAUACAGGAGAAUCGACACCAAUCAAUUCGAAAAGAUGGACCAAGAAGGCCAAAGGCUCAUGAACAGUGAAAAAGAGUACUGGGAAAAGAUGAAGGCAAUCAAAAAAGAUGAAUAUCAGCUGGCCACAUCAGCUCUUGGAUUGAACCUUAGUCGACGAGGAACAGAAGACGAAAGAAGAGAAGGAUAUCGGCUUAUGAGGGAAGCUGUCAAAAAAGCCCCCCAGGUGCAAGAGGUAGUGAGAAAUUUGGCAAAAUCUUACAAAGGUAAACAGAUUGAACAGGCCAUACCAAUAUUAAAAGAUGGAAUUGAACGCAGCCCAGACUGUCAUGAAAGUCAUUUUCAAUUAGCACUAUGCUACACCAAAUGCGCUGAGAAAGACAAGGCAAUUCCGGAGAAAAAAGCCAACUGGAACAAACAAGCACUGAAAGAGCUUCAGAAAUGCCUGAAGCUCAACAAUGGUCACAAUUUGGCAAAUAUGACAUUGUGUAAAGUGCAUAGAGGUCUUGGGAACAACAAAGAAGCUGAAAAGAUCUACAAUGCCAGUUUGCAGCAGUCUGAACACCGGACAAUCGAAGACAACCUACAUCUUUACUUUGAAUAUGCUAAUUACCUCGAGUAUACCCCAACGGCUUCGGAACACGAAUCAAGGAUGGAUAUGUGGCGCAAAGUGAUGGACGCCGCAGCUUCGUUUGAAUAUCUAGACGAGGCGUCUGGUACAUGGCAAGUACGUAAGAAAGCAAGGAAGCCCAAAACGGCAGCUUACAACCAACUGCUGAAGCACUGUAAAACAAAUCCAUGCCUUGAAGUCGGAAUCCUACACUUUCAGAACUUCAGUUUUGGAAAGGCGACGAAAGAAUUAAUAAAACUUGAUACUGAGGGUGACUUCAAUAUUCCAUGGUACUUGGGACAGACAUACUGGAAGAUGGGUCUUCAAGAAGAACAACAGGCUCUGUCUAAAAAUCUCAGACCAGAAAAAGCAAAAGAGACAUUCAAGAAAGCUCACGACAAGGUUCUGGGUGCAAUGAGAUUCGGUCUGAAACAAAGGGAGAGUCGAGAGCUAUUGGCGGACAUUGCUCUAGCUAUCGCACACAAUGAGCUUCAAUUAUUGGGACAGGACACAAUACCACUGGAGUCUCAAUGCAUCGUGUCCUACAGGGAGGCUGUCAGAUGUGGAAGUCUCGUUGCGAGCUUGGAGUUACUGAGACUAGUCCAAAAAGAUAGUCUUGAAGUCACAUCAAGAUGGAUAUUCCUCCAAAUUCUUGCGGAAAUUGACGUGAGUUGCUCCCUUCGUGGUACCAAUCUUCUACAUCAAGAGGAAAAACCCUUUUCUUUUGAAAAGGGUCUCAGUAGCCGCGAUAGAGACAAAGACGCAUUGGCGUUGAAUUGUAAAACCAUCAAGCGUGAUGUGAUGGCCAUCUUGCAUCAGGAGCCGUUCUUCAGACAGGCUUGGAGGGAGCAUUUCAACAUGGAGAAAGAAAUACUCCGACACAGGUUUGAAAACAACGAAGGGGAGCUGGAGUUGGAUGGAAGGGAAGAGGACAAGAAGGAAACGUUUUCGGAUGAAAUAGUCUAUGCCGCUACCGAUUGCUGUGAGAAACUACGUCCCCUGUUGGACCGUAUUGUUGUCAGAAAAAAAGAGCUCGGCAAUGAAGAAAUGAAAAAUCAGUAUUUUCCUCUGAUACUAGAUGACAAAGCUGCGAGGGAAGCUAAAAAAAAGUUUCAGAUUUUUUUCGGGAUCGACAUGGAGAAGUAUUACCCAAAGCUCAACAAACAAAUCCUAAAGGCACAACCAGUUUUCCUUGGAACCUUGUACUCGCUGGUUAACAAGAUCAAACACAGUGACAUAGAUUUGAGCGCUAUACUAGAAACAUCCAAGGACCCAGUCACAUUGGCUCGUCAGUGCACAGAUAAAGUCGAGGAGAUCUGCAGGUUUUUCUUCAACGCCAUGAAGGAGGCCGAAGGUCUGUGGACGAACAUAAGGCAACUUGCGCGUGAUAUCGGAGAUGGCAAGUACGAGAAAGCUGAAGAGCUGCUUAGAGCGCUGUCAAGCAACAAAGACUUCGUCGUUCGGAUCGGAAGUAGGCCUACUUGGGAAUUACUUCAGGUGAUAGCGCAGAUUUGUCACAGCGGAAAAACAUCUUCAAAGGACCUCUUUUCGAAAAUGACCGAUGGAACAUGCGCCCUUACUCAAAAUCUCCGUCGGUGCCAUCGAGCUGUUGAAGACGCGCUGUUGAAGACUGACCCUCGGUCUGAGGAAGUUCGGACGGAGUGUAGAGACACAUGCAAAGUGGCCGUCGAACUACUGAAUUCAGUUUUAGCUAAACAUAAGAACCAGCAUCAAACUUCACCCCAGGAGCCGAUUGCUUUUCCCUUUCUGGAUAUGCGUCCGGAUGACGAAAUUCUUCAGCGAUACGAAUCCGACCAUUGGAAGGGGAUAGUCGAGAAGCAGCUGGGUAAAAAUGUCAGCAAGAUGCGGGUCGACAAGAAACUGGUGGACAUAAUCUUGAAGGCUCAGCCGUGCACAGAUGAGGAGAACUACCAGUUCAUUGCAAUGGAGGAAUUUCUUAAACAGUGCGAUGAAGGUGGCGACAUCCCGGGCAAAGUGUCCAUACAACCAGACAACCAGGAAGAAAAGACCUUUCAGGUUUUGGAUCUAACUCGCUGGAUCACAGACAACACCGAGAGAAUUGCCAUCAAAAUUGAUGCAGUAAAGGUAGCACGCCAGUGA